CGGUUCUGUUGAUUUUCGAACAAUUUAAAUCCUUCGUGUGGCCCGAAAACCCUGUUCCAAAUGGAGCGUACGAUUCACACGAGCUACAAUCACGACUUCCAACCACGGCCGGACAAUCGCCAGCUGGCGUUGCAGCGUAAAAGUGAGUUGCAUCGGCUAGACGGAGACGGAUGCUUCAUUCCUGCUUCAGCCCCAGUAUCGGUUACCUUGGACGGUGGAACACCGGAACAGCAGAAGCACGGGUUCGAGGAGGAAAUCAGGCGAAAAAAUUGGCAACGAUGUGGUGCGAAUCGGUUCGUGAAAGGCCUGGCACGGACGCACCCGGAACUGUACUGGGAGCUGACGUCCAAGGAUCGUGCGUGGCAGGAACGUGCUGGCGGUGGCGGUUCACCACUGAAAUCGAGCUAUCAGCUGGACUACGAUCGGUUGCCAGAGUGUGCACCAUGUCCGGUGACACCAGCACCGACUGGCGGUGAUGAUGAUCCGGCGGAAACCUCACGAUGGCCGGAUUGGAAAUACUUUCAGCGCGAAUGCAAUGGUGUCCCGGUGUGCCGUGCGAUGACCGCCAGCUCCGAUGGGAAGAUUGGUUUGUGUUCUUGUCAACUUUGCCCCUCACCAUCAUCGAAACCGUCGCACAGGUAUGGGCGUGUGGAAGCUAUCUCCAACAUACCGAAGAGUUUCAUUACGUCCGGUCACUGGCCAGAACCGGACUGGCAGACGGCCGUACGCCAUUCGACCGAGUACCGGCGGGAGGUGGGCCGGAUGGGAGGGAUCGUGCAGCGGGCGAACAUCCACAAUCAUGGCCGCUGUACUUCACAGAGAAAUUGUCGUCACCGGUUCUUCGUAUGA